CUGUUAUCUUGUCCUCCUGUCUCUUGUGUCCUCACUGUGCUCAGGACCUCCUGCAGACUGGUUUGAAGACUACAGAGGAGUUGCUUUUUUCUCCUGUUGUCUGGUGAACUUUAAGGAUUGGGAAGAUGCCGCUGACUCGUUCGCUGUCCAUGUCGUCUCUGAGCGGGGUGCUGCCAGCCUGGGAGGAGGACGAGCUGCCCGUGGAGAACCUGCUGCUCUUCGAGGUGGCCUGGGAGGUCACUAACAAAGUUGGGGGGAUCUACACGGUCAUCCAGUCCAAGGCCAAGAUCACCGUAGAUGAGUGGGGGGAGAACUACUUCAUGAUGGGGCCGUACUUUGAACACAACUUUAAGACUCAGGUGGAGGGCUGCGAGCCGCCUGAGGAGGCCAUCCGGAAGGCCAUGGACGCUUUGAUCCACAACGGCUGCCAGGUUCACUUCGGCCGCUGGCUGAUCGAGGGCAAUCCCUACGUGAUCCUGUUUGACAUCGGCUCAGCGGCGUGGAACCUGGACCGCUGGAAGGGGGACCUGUGGGACACCUGCAGCAUCGGCCUGCCGUAUCAUGACCGUGAGGCCAACGACGCACUGAUCCUGGGUUCCCUGAUCGCUUGGUUCUUCAAAGAGUUAACUGACCACCUGGGAGACAAACCUAAUGUCAUUGGUCACUUCCAUGAGUGGCAGGCAGGCCCCGGGCUUAUCCUCGCUCGCUCCCGCAAGAUUCCCAUGGCAACAGUCUUCACAACACACGCCACCCUGCUGGGAAGAUACCUUUGUGCUGGGAAUGUGGACUUUUACAACAACCUGGACAAGUUUGACAUUGACAAGGAGGCAGGUGAGAGGCAGAUCUACCAUCGGUACUGCCUGGAGCGAGCGGCGGUCCACUGCGCUCACGUCUUUACCACCGUGUCCCAGAUCACAGCGGUGGAGGCCAACCACAUGCUCCACAGGAAGCCAGAUGUGGUGACCCCGAACGGGCUGAAUGUGAAGAAGUUCUCAGCCAUGCACGAGUUUCAGAACCUGCACUCCAUCAACAAGACCCGCAUCCAGGAGUUUGUCAGAGGGCACUUCUAUGGCCAUCUUGACUUCAACUUGGAGAAAACACUUUUCUUCUUCAUAGCUGGACGAUAUGAGUUCUCCAAUAAGGGAGCUGAUAUUUUCCUUGAGGCCUUGUCCAGACUCAACUACUUACUACGGGUGCACAGAAACGAUAUGACAGUGGUGGUUUUCUUCAUCAUGCCAGCAAAAACCAACAACUUUAACGUGGAGUCUCUGAAGGGGCAGGCGAUACGCAAACAGUUGUGGGACACAGCUCACACUGUGAAGGAGAAGUUUGGUAAAAAGCUCUAUGAUGCUCUGUUGAAAGGACAGAUCCCGGACAUGAACUCCAUUCUGGACCGAGAUGACUUCACCAUGAUGAAGAGAGCCAUCUAUGCUACUCAGAGACACAGCCUUCCUCCAGUCACCACUCACAACAUGCUGGAUGACUCCACAGAUCCCAUCCUGUCCAACAUGAGACGCAUCGGCCUCUUCAACUCAAGGAAUGACCGUGUCAAGCUCAUCUUCCACCCCGAGUUUCUGUCCUCCACCAGUCCUCUACUGCCCAUGGACUAUGAGGACUUUGUCCGAGGUUGUAACCUCGGCGUGUUUCCUUCCUACUAUGAACCGUGGGGAUACACCCCAGGUGAAUGUACCGUCAUGGGCAUCCCCAGCAUUACCACCAACCUGUCAGGUUUCGGCUGCUUCAUGGAGGAGCAUGUGUCCGAACCCACGGCCUACGGUAUCUACAUCGUAGACCGGCGGUUCCGAUCCCCUGAGGAGUCCUGUAAUCAGCUGACCCAGUUUAUGUUCAGUUUCUGUCAGCAGUCUCGGCGCCAGCGCAUCAUUCAGAGGAACCGAACAGAGAGGCUGUCAGACCUGCUGGACUGGAGAUAUCUGGGACGGUUUUACAUUCAUGCCCGACAUCUGGCCCUCAGCAGAGCAUUCCCAGACAAGUUCAAGAUAGAUCCCAUUGCUUCUCUGAAGACGGAGGGUUUCCGUUACCCCAGGCCUUCUUCAGUGCCCCCCUCCCCGUCUGCCUCCAUCCACUCAACCCCCCACCACAGUGAUGUGGAGGAUGAUGAUGAACCAUACGAUGAAGACAAGGAGGCAGAAAGGGACCGGCUGAAUAUCAAGGCUCCUUUUGUUCUGGGCUCUGUGCCAGAGGGGAAGAAGAAGCAGCCGGGGGAGUCAGGAAACUGAGACUUACCAUCUUCAUCAUCAUCAUCUCCUCCUUUAGCUGCUGAUGGAGAUCACACAUCUUCAUCCUCCUCCUCCUCUGACGAAACAAGGUUUUCAUGGAUGUUAACGUCAGCCAGCAACGAUGAAAUGAACUCAUGCUUUCUCCUGAUUUUCAUUGGAGAUAAAGGACUCAAAUUAAAAUCAGACACCUUUUCCUCACUCUUUGGUAAUUACUGGAUUUCAUCUUUCAACCUUCAUCAUUGUGAGAUGUUUGAAUAAAACUGGAAUAUUUUCUUCACAUAUCCAAAUUUUCAUCUAAAACUAAUUGCAGUAAAGAGAAGAAUCUUAA